UUCUCUUUGGACAGGUGGCUAUGGCCUCACUGCCGACUCAGGGUCCCCCGGUCCCUGACUUAGUUUCUGGGUUGCCACCGGCGGCCUCAACUCCUGCCAACCAGAGCACAGAGGCCUCGGCGGACAAUGGGUCGGUGACUGGCCCAGGCGCUCAGGCUGUCACGCCUUUCCAAAGCCUGCAGCUGGUGCAUCAGCUGAAAGGGCUGAUCGUGCUGCUCUACAGCAUCGUGGUGGUCGUGGGGCUGGUGGGCAACUGCCUGCUGGUGUUGGUGAUCGCGCGGGUGCGUCGGCUGCACAACGUGACCAACUUCCUCAUCGGCAACCUGGCCUUGUCCGACGUGCUCAUGUGCACCGCCUGCGUGCCGCUCACGCUGGCCUACGCUUUCGAGCCACGCGGCUGGGUGUUCGGCGGCGGCCUGUGCCACCUUGUCUUCUUCCUGCAGCCCGUCACCGUCUACGUGUCGGUGUUCACUCUCACCACCAUCGCGGUGGACCGCUACGUCGUGCUGGUGCACCCGCUGCGCAGGCGCAUCUCGCUGCGCCUCAGCGCCUAUGCGGUGCUGGCCAUCUGGGCGCUGUCCGCGGUGCUGGCGCUGCCGGCCGCCAUGCACACGUACCACGUCGAGCUCAAGCCGCACCGUGUGCGCCUCUGCGAGGAAUUCUGGGGGUCUCAGGAGCGCCAGCGCCAGCUCUAUGCUUGGGGGCUGCUUCUCGUCACCUACCUGCUCCCCCUGCUGGUCAUCCUCCUGUCUUACGUCCGGGUGUCGGUGAAGCUACGGAACCGCGUGGUUCCAGGCUGCGUGACCCAGAGCCAGGCCGACUGGGACCGUGCGCGCCGCCGCCGCACCUUCUGUCUGCUGGUGGUGGUCGUGGUGGUGUUCGCCGUGUGCUGGCUGCCGCUGCACGUCUUCAACCUGCUGCGGGACCUCGACCCGCAAGCCAUCGACCCUUACGCCUUUGGGUUAGUGCAGCUGCUCUGCCACUGGCUCGCCAUGAGCUCGGCUUGCUACAACCCCUUCAUUUACGCCUGGCUGCACGACAGCUUCCGUGAGGAGCUGCGCAAGCUCUUGCUUGCCUGGCCCCGCAAGAUCGUGCCCCACGGCCAGAGCAUGACAGUCAGCGUGGUCAUCUGAUGCCACUGCACCGGGCCUUGGCUGGGGACCUCCAUGUCCACUAGUCUCCGAGGGUGCCCACCUGAGGCCGGACUGGAGAGCUUAUCCCCAGCGCCAGAGCAAAUCCAAUAGGUGACCAAACUUCCAGCCUAGCCCUCUUGUCCAGCUGUCUUGCUUUGUCCUUGUGUCUUUGUAAAAUGUUGAGUGGGCUUUGGAGGGAGUCUUGUGCUUUGCUUGAAAGAGGCCAAGGAGAGGUGAGAGGGUUUAUUAUUUCCUCCCUAUGCCCUGAAUGCCAAACAAAGCCCUUUCUCCUGGUUCAUAACAGUAUUUCAGAACCGUGGCUGUCUUCCUCGCUUUCCCUUCUGCUUGCUCA